ACCAACCCGCUUCUACCUAGCAGAAUUGAAAAGAAAUGCUACACUCAAAGACAAUUUUGUCGCAGCUCAACCAUGGAAGUCUUCUCCAUCUUCUCCUUCUUCAUAGUCUCCCUCGUUUGUGCUGUUUCUCUGGUUUUUUAUUCCUUCGCUUAUAAAACGAAAGAAGAUGUUCCUGGCACCAAACCAACACUCCCUCCGGGAAGUUUUGGCUGGCCGAUUAUGGGUGAAACCCUGCAAUUCUUGGCUGCAAUCCAACAAGGAGCAGCAGAAAGCUUUGUGUCAAAGAGAACAAGCAAGUACUCCUGCAAAGUAUUCAAAACUUCCAUUCUUGGGGAGAAGUUCAUCGUAUUUUCAGGCGCUGCAGCAAACAAAUUCAUCUUCUUCCAUAACAGCAAGUCGUUGAUACGGUGGCGCCCUCCCUCGGUUCAAAAGCUCUUCCCCUCCAUUGCUUUUGUGCCCAUUGAACAUGAUGCUGCAAAGGCCCGAAAGUUCAUGUCUUUGUUCUUCAAAUUCAAUGAGACUCAGAAGUUGGUGACGUCAAUCGACUCUAUCUCAAGAACCCAUUUGCAGAAUCACUGGGAGAACAAAGAUGAAGUUAAGGUUCAUUCUAUGGCACAACUCUACACGUUUACAUUAGCUUGCCAUUUGUUUUUGGGCAUAAAUGAUAGUGAAAAAGUGUCCAAGUUUCUGUAUCAUUUCAAUACACUAAAUAGAGGAAUUCUAUCCCUACAUUUGAACAUACCGGGGACACCAUUUUAUCAUGCAAUUAAAGCUGCAGAAGCUCUUAGGAAAGAGAUUUAUUCGAUUAUCAAGGAGAGGAGGGAAGCAUUAGCAAAGAAUUUGGCCUCUCCAACACAGGACGUCCUGACGCAAAUGAUUGCUGUGCCCUGGGGAGAAGAUGGGUUCAUGACAGAGUUGGAGAUUGCAGAUAAGAUCUUGGCAUUUCUUAUUGGAGGCCAUGAUACUACUACUGCUACUAUCACUUUCGCUAUGAAAUAUCUUGCAGAGAUGCCUCACCACUACAAUGAGGUUCUAAGAGAGCAAAGAGAGAUAACCGAGCUAAUGAAGCCAAGAGACGUGCUAUGUUGGGAUGACAUCAAAAAAAUGAGAUACACUUGGAACUUUGUGAACGAGGUGAUGAGGCAUAGAACAAUUAUUCAAGGUUCUUUUAGAGAAGCCAAGACGGAUAUCAUCUAUAAAGGCUACCUCAUUCCAAAGGGGUGGAAGAUAUAUUGGAGCGUGGGUUCAACCCAAAAGAACUCUAAAUACUUCUCAGAGCCAGAAAGGUUUAAUCCUAUUAGAUUCGAACAAAAUGGACCUUCUCCUUACACAUAUGUUCCCUUUGGGGCAGGACCUCUUAUGUGCCCUGGAAAAGAGUAUGCUAGAGUAACUAUCCUUGUCUUUCUCCAUCAUGUAAUGAAAAUGUUCAAGUGGGAACCAAUUCUUCCCAGUGAGAAAAUAAAAGUAGAGUUGGUUCCCACCCCAGCAGAAGGGUUCCCAGUGAGCAUUUCUCAUAUUUCCAAGUAGUUUCUCCUUCGUAAAUUUCUUGGAAUAUAUGGUGGCAAGUAUGGGAUGCUGUUACAUGUUUACAGGGAGAUUCGGAUAGUCUCAAAUUCAAACUUAACUCCAGCCAGAAUAUGCCAACAACUACUGAUAACAUGGGUAUACUCUGUAUCAUGAAUUUUUCUGCUGCAGUGUGAAAUCUGUGUUGUGUAGGUGCUGGUAAUGUGAUGUUGCUAAUUCCGUGCUAUGUCUAUAUGCUCUUGUUUGGAAUAAGAUGAUGACUUGUGU